AUGGUGGACUUCCUCAUUGUCAAUGUGCCAUCAGUGCACAAUGUCAUUCUGGGCAGACCUUCUCUCAAUGCAAUGAGGGCAGUAGUCUCCACCUAUCAUCUGAUGAUGAAGUUUCCCACCGAGGGUGGAAUAGGUUACAUCCAAGGCGAUCAAUGCGAAGCUCGGAGAUGUUAUGCGAUAGCAGUAAAGAAAGGGUCUGUGAAGCAAGCACUCACUGUCAACGUCUUAGAUCCCAGAGGACCUACAGAGAAUUCAUUUGUGGAAAACCUGGAGAGGGUAUCGCUCGAUAAAGCAGAUUUGAGCAAGACCGUUCAGCUCGGAACGACAUUAAGUUCUAAGUUGAAUAUGGACCCGGAUUACAAACCCGUGAAACAGAAGAGUAAACCAUUCGAUGCUGAACGGUACAAAGCCAUAGCCGACGAAGUCUCCAUCCUGCUUGACGCUGUCUUCAUAGAGGAGGUACAUUAUCCCGAUUGGAUUGCAAACGUGGUCCUCAUCAAGAAAGCCAAUGGAAAAUGGUGGGUCUAUAUAGAUUACUCGGAUCUGAAUAAGGCGUGCUCAAAGGAUAGCUUUCCGUUACCUCGGAUCGAUCAGCUGGUAGACAGACAGCACAGUCGGGCACAAACUACUCUCCUUUCUGGAUGCUUACUCUAG